AUGGCGCCUGCAGCUCUUUCUUCCAAUUCUUUUUUCCUCAACUUUAAGACUCCUCACCAAAGGGUAGCCGUCAAGAGAUCAUCAAGGCUCACUGUCUUUGCCAAGAAAUCAGGUCCCUUUCCAGGUUUCGGGCUUGGAAAAUCAGCUGAUGAUGAUUCUGGAGAAGAUUCAGGGAAUUCAUCCCCAUUCUUCAAGUUUGAUUUCGGAAAAUUGCCUGAUGUGAAUUCAUUGGUUCCUGCCCUCAGCGGGCAAUCUUCUGGCUUUUCAUUGGGAAGGGUGAAAGAUUCCGGAACUGUAUUCGUUGCCGGCGCUACUGGGCAAGUCGGAGUACGCAUUGCGCAAGCACUUCUCCGGGAAGGAUUUAAAGUCAGAGCUGGUGUCAAUGAUCUUGCUGCAGCCCAAGAACUCGCUCUGCUUGCCGCAACUUACAAGAUUAUUUCUACCGAUGAAUCCAAGCGGCUAAAUGCUGUUCAAUCCAACUUUAAGGAUGCAGAAUCAAUAGCUAAAGCUAUUGGAAAUGCAACCAAAGUUGUUGUCACAAUUGGUCCUAAAGAGGACGGUCCAGCUGCAGAAGUCACUACCAAUGAUGCUUUGCAAGUCAUUGAAGCUGCGCAGUUAGCUAAAGUCGGUCAUGUGGCGGUCGUCUAUGAUGAUUCGUCAUUCUCUACCUCAACUUACAAUGUUUUGGAUGGCAUCACAUCUUUCUUUGGAAAUCUCUUCUCGAAGUCUCCACCAUUGACAAUUCCAGAGUUUUUGGAGAAAUUAGUUGAGACGGAUCUUAGCUACACCCUCAUAAAAACCAAUCUGACAGAGGAUUAUCUUCCUGAGAGUUCUUACAACCUUGUUGUCUCGGCUGAAGGAACUAGUGGAUCAACCGACUACAAAGUUUCAAAGUCACAGAUUGCUUCAUUAGUUGCUGGCGUUUUCUCCAACACAGCAGUGGCAGAAAAUAAGGUUGUGGAAGUCUCUAGCGAUCCAGAGGCAAAGUCGAAAUCCAUCGAAGAACUAUUCAGCACUAUUCCAGAGGAUGGCAGAAGAAAAGCAUAUGCUGAGGCCCUGGAAAAAGCCAAACAAGAGGAAGAGGCAAUAAGAGCAACUGAGGAAGCUCGCGAAGCAGCAGCAGCCCUAAAGAAGCGUGAAUCAGAGCUGAAGAAGACUGAAAAGGAAGAAUCCGAAACUCCUGACCUUGCAAAAGAAGCCCAAGGGAGCGCUGUGGCUGCAGGAGCUUCAGUUGAGAGCCUCUUGAACAGAGCCAAAGGCUUCAGUUCAGGAAUUUCUUGGCAAAAGUUGAGUUCUCAGCUGAAGACUGAAAAGGAAGAAUCUGAAACUCCUGACCUUGCAAAAGAAGCCCAAGAGAGCGCUGCUACUGCAGGAGCUUCAGUUGAGAGCCUCUUAAACAGAGCCAAAGACUUCAGUUCCGGAAUUUCUUGGGAAAAGUUGAGUUCUCAGCUGAAAACUGCUGCUAAAGAAGCCUCCGGUGAGGAGUCUAAAGUGCAAGUUGCCACAGUUCGGGGUCAGGCGAAGGCUCGAUCUCUGCCUUCGCAGAAAGCAGUGGUGAAGAAACCUACUCCACCGAAAUCAAGGCCGACUGCUAAGCCAGCAGCUAAGCCAGCAGCUAAACCACCACCGAAACAGACAGAAUCCAACAGAGAAGUCAGAAAGGUUUUCGGCGGGUUGUUUAAGCAAGAAACCAUUUACAUUGAUGAUGAUUGA